UCGUUUUCGCUUGCUCCUUCAUUGUAUCGCGAACCGUCAUUCUGAAAACAACGCACGCCCGUCGAACACCACCAGCACAGAGAAAAGUGCGCUUUAGGUUCGGCUUGAGAAAAAGUUUCUAGUGAGUUCAAAAAGUGAAUUUUUCCCUGCAUUUUCCGGCCGUUUCGCUAAUUGCCACAAACACCAACCACCAGCAUGUCUGAAGACGAGGCCAAGGUUCAAAGCGGAGAGGAGGAGGAGGAGAAAGCCAGCCCGAAGAAGGGCGGACGCGGCCGCCCCAAGAAGGCAGCACCCGCAACUCCGGCCAGCGCCGAGCGCGAACUUAGCAGCAGCUUCCGAGCGAACGCAGUUAUCGAAAAGCUGGAAUCAAUGCUUACCGCGUUCAAGGGUACCCUGUGGGGCCACCCGGCAACGCCGGGAUCUUCCGUCCCCCAGUUGGGACACAUUUUAGUGCAUCACGGAGAAAAAGUAGAACCAGGUCCAUCUACUCCGCCCAGUGUUGUUGUUGCCGCCGCCGAUUCGGCAACGGUUGCCAGGUACAGCGAGUUCCCUACCGAGCUCCACCACCGAGUCCAUCCAAGUCCACCGCCUAGUCCUGCUCUGGCAGUAGCCGCAGAGGAGGACAUCGCUCCCGGUGAUCCACUUCUUCUGCAUGAUUCGGCGGCAGGCGAUCUGACAAGGACCGAACCAGAAGAGCCACGAUCUCCCGAACAGUGGCAUACCCCGGUGGCAACGCCCGUCCGAACGG